AUGACUGAAGAACCUGGGAAAGUUUUUAAUCCUAUAAUUGAAUCAACUGAUGAACAAAAUGAUCAGCUAACAAUUGAGGAUGUGGAUCAAUUACAACAUGAAGCAAGUGAAGAUAGUACAGGCAGUGAGGACUUGAGAUUAUUUUUAAAGGAAUUACAUGAAAAGGUAAAGGAAGACCAAUAUCACAACCAACAGCAACAACUUCAACAAUCUCAUGUUAUCCCUUCAACAGGACAUUUACAACCAGCUUGUGUGAUUAAUCCUGGUGAAUUACCAGUCAUUGGUGGUGGUGGUGGAUCGUCAACAGCCGCGGCAUCUUAUCAUUCAUCACAAUAUAAUUUGAAAACGAAUCAACUGAUACAAUAUCAAACACCUGGUCAAGUAACUGCUACUGCUGAUCAACAUUAUCAUACGUCUUUAGGAGAAUUGAAUGCACACGAUGUUGUAUCUGACGGUGGUUGGGGUUGGUUUGUUGUGCUCGGUUCAUUUUGUUGUAUGGUACUAGUUGAUGGAAUAUGUUUCACUUAUGGUCUACUAAUAAAUCCAGUCUGUCCAUAUUCUAAUUUUCGUGUACUAUCAUCAUCACCAAAUGAACGGAAAUUCAAUGAAACUGGUCCAAUUAAAUACCCUCGUAAUGACCGUAUUAUCCAACCAAACAUUGGCAGUUGUAUACCAAUUUCAGAAUUAGGUGAAGAUUUUCAAAUACAACAACGUUCAAUUUUAUUAACUCCUGGUGGUCUAAUAGUUGGUCUAUAUCUAUUUCUCGGUCCACUCGUUAGUGCGUUGAGCAAUCAAUUUGAUUUUCGCCCGGUAGCUAUGAUUGGUGCAAUUAUUACUACAAUUGCCUUGUUAACCAGUGCUUUUGUCACAACCAUUGAAUUCUUUACGUUGACAUUUGGGCUUCUUGGUGGUAUUGGCCUAUCCUUUAUCUAUUUACCGGCUAUUGCUACCGUUGGACAUUGGUUUCAACAGAAACGUCCACUAGCUGUUGGCCUAGCCUUAUGUGGCAGUGGUAUGGGUUGUUUAGUCGGUGGUCAAGCAAUUCCACGUUUAGUUUUAUUAUUCACAUGGCGUGGGACAUUGAUUAUAUUGGCUGCAGUUUGUUUUCAAUGUCUUACACUGAUUUUAUUAUUUCGUCCAUGGGAUGUACACUUUCAGAUAACUCAAGCACAACAAGCCAAACGUUUAGCACGUGAAGCUGCUCGUCGUGCAGCAGCACUACGUCGUGCUGAAGCAGAACGUGUUCUACUAGAAGCUCGACGACGUAAAUAUCUCGCAGCACUAGAGGCAGCCGCUACAGCUCAUACCGUCGGUGUAAAAAAACAUUCGAAUACAGCUCCUGUUGUGAUGACUAAUGAUAUUAACGGCAAUAAACCAGGUCUUCAACGUCAACCAGGUGAAUAUCGUUCAAAUUCAAAUGACAGCGGUAGUGGUGGAGUCGUUGGGGUUGGUGGCAGUAGAAGAAACUCUACACCGUACAAUCGUAUUCAUAAUACCAAUCAAACGAGAAAUGGACGUCAGAAUAAACAUUUUAUUUUUAAUUCACAUAAUCGAACACAACAAAAUCCUGGUGUUAUGAAUACACGAUCAAAUGCAGUAACCGGUAAUCGUUCAGUUAAUCAUCAAAAUCAAGGAUCUAGUAGAACGGCUAAUCGUAAAAGGACACCUAGUCGUCGAGUCAUUGUUUAUCGUGGAUCAAUAAUGCAACGUAUUAUUGAAGAGAAACGACGUCAACGUACUAUAUCUGUUGGCAGUUUAGAUGGUAUGGUUAUAACACGAGAUAAUGAAUUAAUAGCUGCAUCGAAAAUUAUUAAUCAAGAUAAAUUAUGUGAUCCUACUACAAUACAAAGAAUAUCUGAGAAUGUUACACGUAAAAUUGAAGCAAAAUUAAGUAAUACUAUUGCACCGAAAUUGUCGGUUGUCAAUGGCGUUAAUGUCAAUAAUAAUAUGAAUAAUAAUAAUAACGCCGGUGUUUUACCUACAUCAGGUGGGACGUCAACACUUGGCAGUCGAACUGGUUUACGUGUGAGUUUACCUCAACUUGUACAAGAAUACAUACAAUCUCAAGUUUCUCUUACUUUACAACAACAACAGUCUAAACUCUCGUCUGUAGCAAAUCUCAUCAAUAAUAACAGUAUUAAUUAUGGCAAUGAUCAGUCAACACCAGCGGAUACCUUUGUUCGUUCACCGUCAGUUAUGUCGAAAUUGAGUACCGUGAUUAUGCCCAAUUAUGAUACUGCCACUGUUCAGUUGGCAUCAGGAGAAAAUCCAGUGCAUUUAGAUGGUGGUGGAUUCACAGGAUCUAGAAAUGCGCCCAUACCUUCUGAUAAUAAUCAAAUGAUUUCUGUCAUUACAUCGAAUUCACCGGCUUUUCUAAGUGGUUCUACUAACCCACCACUAUCAUCAACAACAGGACGUGAUUCCACUCAAACAAGGACACAUCCGAUUCGUUCUGUUUCUGAGACUGUUAGUUUAAAACGUACUACAUCCGAGGCUAGUUUAACUUCUCAUCUUACAUCAAUCGGUGUUGUAGAUCCUCAUAAUAAUAAUGGUAAUACUGCUGGCGCCGAUGUAUUAGAUGAUGAAAUGAAAGCUAAUAUUCAAUUAAUUAUUCGUAAAGAAAUGUCAAGACCACAAUAUAAAAAAGAUUUCUUUUAUACUGGUCCAGUUCAUCAAGUUGUUGACUCAUCAGCGUUAUCAUCUAAACAAUUACCAAUCAGUCAUAAAUUAAGUAUUAAUUUACCGAUAUUACCAGCGGCAGUUGUAGAUAAUCGACCAAAUCGUUCAUCAACUACAGCAUUUCGUUUACCGUCAACGGCUAUGCAUCCGGAUAUUAAACAACAACCAGAGCAUUGUAGUCAGACAAAUUUAAGUAUUGCUAAUUCAAGUAAUAUGUUUACUAAUCAAUUUAUACCACCAGCUCCAUGCCCAUCUAUUCCGCUAAACAAUCAACAAUCUAUUGUACAUAAUGUUCCUUUGAGUGGCCUACCGCAACUCUCUAUUCCAUUGGGUAGCAAUAUAAAUCAGUAUGUAGCAAAUAUGAAUUCAGAUAGAAUUGAUUCUAUAGGAUAUGUAAAUAAUACGGAGAAUCUAGAAAAUGCUGCAGCUCCUGGAUCUAAUCAACUUGGUCUUAGUCAAAAAAUUGAUUAUGAUGGAAGCACAAUAACCAAUGCUGGUUUACAACGUCAACAACUACAAGAAGAACUCAUAGAUUACGGAGUGGAUAUUGGUGAUGAUGGUGAUGUUGGUGUUGUUGAUUUAGGAUUAGACGAUAUUGAUAUUGAAGAAGAGGAUGAUAAUCGUGAUACAAUUCUGAUUAAUGAUGACGAGGAAGCUGUCUAUACACGUUGUCCAAAAUGUUUUGAUAACUGUAUCAGAUUAUUUGGUAGUUCACUAUUCUGUUGUUGGACAUAUAAUCCGAUCGGUAUAUUUAUGCAAGAUUUAUUAUCACCGAAACUAUUGUCCAAUAUUACAUUCUUAUUUUUUCUUUUCUCAAGUAUGAUGGCUAUGCUUGGAUUGGUUGUCCCUUUUUUAAUGUUACCUGAUCUAUUAGCGGAAAUGAAUUGGAAACUUGAAGACUCUGGUUUCAUCAUUUCGUCAAUUGGUGCAGGGAAUACAUUUGGACGUUUAUUUGCUACCUUCUACAUUGAAAAAGCUUGGUCUACAACUUAUAAAUGGGCUGAUUCAUUGUGGAUGAAUAAUAUCUCUUUAUUGUUAACUAGUGUAACUGUAUUUCUACUCCCGAUUGUAAGACGAUAUUAUGCAGCUUUAGUUUUAAUCUCAUGUGGUUUUGGACUUUUCUCAGCUGUAUUCGUAUCGUUGAAAAGUAUUCUAGUCGUGGAAUUAAUUGGUAUUGAUCGUUUGACUAAUGCAUUUGGCUACUUACUUUUAUUUCAAGGCUUUGCAGCUGCUGUCGGUCCGCCAGUUGCAGAGUUCUUAUCUGGUGUAUAAGAAUGACAAUGUAGUAAGAAGUGAUUAUUUCCUCUGUAUUAAAUCCUAUUUCAUUUUUGAUCUGAUUUAAUUUUUCUAAUAGAUUAGAUAAAUAAUAAUUUCUCAUCAUAUACUUUAUAAUCACAUUGUCAAUAUAAUCAAUUCUGAUAAUAUUGUUUUAUAUAAUAUCAUGUAAUGUAUCGAUUUAUUAUUCGUUAUCAUUAGCAGCAUUAUCAUCUUCUUUGUUGACAAGGAUGUCUACAUUUAUUUGAUUAAUAAGUUUUACCCAACUUUCAUUAAAGUUUUAAUGAUUAAAUCGAGAUAUAAUUGUAUUAGUUUAUAAUAAAUAAAUGAUAUCACAAUACAUAGAAUUUUUAUUUAUUUAUUUUAUUUUAACGCAUAGGUAUUGGUACAAGGAGGCACCAAAUACAUAUGCGCCACACGAAUCUCAAUUGAUUCAUGUGAGGGCUGUGAUACUGCCCGGAUGCCCAAACCGAAGCAGGUGGUUUUCUUAGGGGGCCACACCCCG